GACCUCUCCUCCCAUUACCCAGAAUCCUCCAGCAGCAGAAUGAGGACCUGCAGCGCCGCCUUUCGCUCUCCAACCACAAGAUGGAGGCCAUGGAGGCGGAGUUUGACGGCAGCCGUCACUACAUGGAGGCGGAGCUCAGCCGGACCCGAGACGACCUGGACAAGAUGAGGGACAAGUUCCGCAGACUCCAGAACAGCUACACGGCGUCUCAGAGAGCCAAUCAGGACCUGGAGGAGAAGCUCCACGCUCUGGUAAUCUUUCUUCUUCUUUGUUGGUUAACAGUGAAACCGAAACCGUCCUGGUGUGACGACCAAUCGGAGAGCUCUGUCACUUUGGGCGCAUGUUUCAGCCAAUCAGAGCUCGGAGCUGAAAAACUGUCCUGA